UGUUCACUUUCCCUCACACCGCUUCCGAAGCUCUUGGAGGGAGGACGGAUAAACGGCGCUGACGGUACCGGAUUUGAUACUCGAAGGAGGGGAGGGAUGCUACGGUGAUUUCCCUUCUUUUCUCUCCCGACACACACCACCAUCACCACUCCUCUUCAUCACUUCAAUCUCGGAACCUUAAUCCAGACGCACUACUGUUCUUAUAUUUUAUUAGUAUUAUUAUUAUUACUCAUCUUUGAACCCAUUUGGUUGGUUUUUGCCUCUGCGCUCCAGCGGAUAAAAAAAAACAGAACAUUUUGGGUUUUUUCUCCCACCUCUUCUCCAAGCGCACACAAACAGAAAAAAAACUGGGUUUUCAAUCAGUGGAUGUGUUGGACAUCUGAUACAAGAAGCAAUACUUGCUGAGAGAAGUGAUCGUUUUCGGCUGGCUUGUAUGUAUUGGGGGAAUUUCCUUGGAGAGACGGGCUGCGCACGGAGUCUCUCACUUCCAAGGCAGAUCUGUGUCGCCGUGCAGAGGAGAAAACCCUCAACGUAUCCGACACCAGUAAUGAGCUAAAGGCCCUGCCAUCAGAGGAGAGAGGGAGUUAACCAAUUGUGAGAGAAGACGAAGAAAAAACAAGGAGAAGAAAGGCAGUAACGUGACAGUCGGUGAUGAGUAUCCGCACCAACUGGCCCCUUCUCAGCUAAUGAACUAGGAAGUUCAUCAACAACAUUUCGUUAGCAAAAACAGGAUACCGCCUCAGUGGGAGCGGAGCUCCACUGAGAGGAACCAGAAAGUAGGGGGCGGAGUGAAGUGUACGGUCGCUCAGGUUGGGCACGAUGGCGAUGCGGCAGGGUCUUGGGCCGCUGAGGGCCUUCCUGGUGCUGGUGGGAGUUUCUGCGCUCUGUAGCGUUGCAUUAGGAACCCGGAAAGGAAACGCUUCUUUGGAUCAAAGAAGCCACAGACACAGACAUCCAGGUCACUUGUCGCUGCAUAGACACAAACAGAGAGCGGGGAAGGAGGGACAGGUGCUCCACAGGUCCAAACGAGGAUGGGUCUGGAAUCAGUUCUUUGUCAUUGAGGAGUACACUGGGCCUGACCCAGUUCUGGUGGGCAGGCUCCACUCAGACGUAGAUUCAGGCAAUGGCAACAUCAAGUACAUCCUGUCCGGCGAAGGUGCGGGCACGAUCUUUGUCAUUGACGACAAGACGGGCAACAUCCACGCCACGAAAACCCUGGACCGUGAGGAGCAGGCCCAGUACACUUUAACAGCCCAGGCCGUGGACAGAGACACUAAUAAGCCUCUGGAGCCUCCAUCCGAGUUCAUAGUGAAAGUUCAAGACAUCAACGAUAAUCCUCCUGAGUUUCUUCACGGGCCGUACUAUGCCAGGGUGCCUGAGAUGUCCAAUGUUGGUACGUCAGUGAUGCAGGUGACAGCUACAGAUGCUGAUGACCCCACCUACGGCAACAGCGCCAGGCUGGUGUACAGCAUACUGCAAGGACAACCCUAUUUCUCUGUGGAGCCUCAGACAGGUAUAAUCCGUACUGCCUUGCCAAACAUGGACCGUGAGGCUCGUCAGGAGUAUGAUGUCGUCAUCCAGGCCAAAGACAUGGGCGGUCACAUGGGUGGGCUGUCGGGGACCACUGAGGUUAAAAUCACCCUCACAGACGUCAACGACAACCCUCCAAAGUUCCCACAGAGUGUGUAUCCCAUGUCUGUAUCGGAGGAUAAAGUGCCAGGAGAGGAGGUGGGCCGUCUCAAGGCCAAAGACCCUGACCUCGGAGACAACGGGAUGGUGAAAUAUCGCUUAACGGAUGGAGAUGGACUGAGCAUGUUUGAACUGAGCACUGACUCCGAGACCAAAGAGGCUGUUAUUAAACUGAAGAAGCCGGUGGACUUUGAGACUAAAAGGUCAUACACUUUGAAGGUGGAGGGAUCCAACCCUCAUGUCGACCCUCAGUACCUCGCUUGGGGGCCUUAUAAGGACGAAGCCACAAUAAAGAUAUCAGUGGAGGAUGCAGAUGAGCCGCCAGUGUUUGUAGCUCCCAGUUACACUUUUGAGGUGGAAGAGAACGCGCCUGAAGGCACCCUGGUGGGACGAGUCCACGCCAAGGACACUGAUGUUGCCAACAAUCCCGUCAGGUACAUGAUCCCUCUGUACACAGACGUCGAGCAGUUCUUUAGCAUAAACGCAGAUGACGGCAUGAUCACCACGACAAGACCACUGGACAGAGAGACGCAGCCCUGGCAUAAUAUAUCAGUGUCAGCCACAGAGAUAGGAGGUCAUCACCAAGACACCAAAGUGCGUGUGAACAUUAAAGUUAAAGACGUGAAUGACAACGCCCCGGAGUUUGCCACCAACAACGAAGUCCUCAUGUGUGAAACUGUCGUGCUGGGGAAGGUUAUUGAAACCGUAAGCGCAGUGGACAAAGAUGAGAUGGCUCACAGACAACACUUCACCUUCAGCCUUGCUCCGGAGGUCACCCACAACCAAAACUUCUCCCUCAAAGACAACAGAGACAGCACAGCCAGUAUCUAUGUGCUCCGUAAAGGAUUCAGCCGGGUGACCCAGGACGUUUUCUACCUUCCCAUUGAGAUAAACGACAACGGCUUCCCCGCCAUGAGCAGCACCAACACCCUGACCAUCAGAGUGUGUUCCUGUGACAGCAGAGACACCAUCCUGUCCUGUAACGUGGAGCCCUACGUCCUACCUGCUGGUCUCAGCACCGGGGCGCUGAUAGCUAUACUGGCCUGUAUUGUCAUUCUGCUGGCGAUUGUGGUGUUGUUUGUUGCACUGAGGCGUCAGAAGAAGGAGCCGUUGAUAGUGUUCGAGGAGGAGGACAUCAGGGAGAAUAUUAUCACUUACGACGACGAGGGAGGUGGUGAGGAGGACACGGAGGCUUUCGACAUUGCAACACUGCAGAACCCAGACGGUGCCAACGGUUUCCUGCCAAGAAAGGACAUGAAACCGGAGCUUCAGUAUCCCAUCAGGCCCGGCGGCCGUCCUGCAGCCAACAGCGUCGACGUUGAUGACUUCAUCAAGACUCGAAUUGCAGAGGCUGACAGCGACCCGACCGCACCGCCCUACGACUCCAUUCAGAUCUACGGAUACGAGGGCAGAGGAUCAUUGGCUGGGUCAUUGAGUUCCCUCGAGUCUGUCACAACAGAGUCUGACUUGGAUUAUGACUAUCUGCAGAGUUGGGGGCCGAGGUUUAAGAAGCUGGCAGAUUUGUACGGGACCAAAGACUGCUUCCUUAACGAUGGUGACGAUGGUGAAGACUCUUAACAGCGGUCUUUUCUGAGUGGACGCCCCAGAUUUCUGAUUUAUUGAUUCCAUGAGGAUUUGUUAACUGAGGGUUAACACUCCCCAGUACCCAAUUGUUACCACCUGAUCAGUUCAUGCCAAUGUGUCAACGGACGUUAACAGCUCUCCCUUCCAUGGCGCCUCCCUGGUCCUCCAAGAUGAUUUGUUAAUGAACACAUAAUAAACGCUUGGACUCCGCUCCCCCAAAUCUCUCCUUCCCCGCCUACAGUAUGUCUCCUUCCCUCUCUCUUUCUACAGACUUGAGCAUCGCAGGGCUGGGAGAUUUGUUAUGUCACCAGUUUGUCAGUUUGAAAGUAAAUUGUUGGGAAAAAAAUGUUGCUGUGUGAUCAAAAUGACUUGCUUAUAGCUAACUGUUUAGUUUCUUAGAGGUUCUAUAUACUUUCUGUGGACUGGAUUCACGUACAUCCUCAAUGGUUCCUGAGAGAGAUUUUAUUCCCCUAACAACAGGUUCCUAAGCGGGUGUGCUUCACUUAGUUGCUCUCUUUGUGGUGUACGUAAAAUACACACGGAAAGAGAGGACGAGAGAUACAAGCUGAUGAAAAGAAAAAGUUAGAACGGGAUCCAGCAACUACCUGAAGUUAUGAAAGAGAAAUAAAAGGUAAUAAUGAUGCGUCGGUAAGGUGAUACAACAAAAUGCUUUUUUUCAAAUUUGUUGUUGUGUGUGCAGAAUUCAGCAGGUACUGUGGUUUAGACAGCAUGACAGACUCUGGGUUGUUGAUACUUUGAAGGCGCUCACAGCAUCUUCACAGUAUGGUGGCCUUAUAAUAAAUAAACAACAACUCCAGGGGUAAACACAACAAGAGUAACGAUAGAGACCGCUAGCUUCAGUAGCUACACACAGACAAAAUGAACCCACGCGGACUGAGUAUCUGUGAAAACGCUACACGAAUACCUUUUUUUCUACUCCCAAAAAGACUCAACUUGGACUCAAUUUAAAAAGAAACAAACUGUGGAUGAUUCUUUGUUUUCAUUCUUCACUGCAGAGAAGACGUGAAAAGAAAAGCUGCCCUUCUCCACGCCCCCCUGUGUCCCCAUUCCUCCCAUCAACAAUCACUUCCCAUACCGAGUCCACCAAUGAAUGAUCACUUCCUCAUUCAGAGUCCACCAAUGAUGAUCAAUCACAAUGAGUAAAAACCUGUGAGCUCUAAAAAUCGCCUUAAACUUAAUGGACACUCUUGCAAACGCAGUGCAUUCUCUUUUUUUCUCCUUUUUGGUUCUUUUUGUAACUUGAGAAGUAUAUUCAGAAAGCAAAACUAUUCUCCAUGUUAGGUAUGUACAGAGCAAUGUGCAGACAUGUGAUAUAUCACUCUGAGGAUCCAACUUGCGCCUCGUGCACUCUUAAAAUAGGAUGCGCAGUUUCUGCCAGCACGGUAAAUGUAGACCGGGAAAAUGCGCAUUGUGUUUUUUCCCCAAACACCAGCUAUGUUGGCAGCAACACAUGUUGUAUCAACACGUGUUGCUAUUGAAACAUAUAAUGUGCACACUGGAAAAUAACACAAGGUGUGUUUUCUGAGCCGCAUAUACAGAGAGGCUGAAACCAGAACAUCCUUUUUAAGCGUGCAGGUUCUCGUUCAAUCUCUUUUUUAAUGUUAUUAUUAUAUUAUUAUGAUGAUUAUUAUUGUUGUUUUUUAUUAUUAUUAUUAUUAUUAUUAUUAUUAUCAUCAUUAUUAUGACAAUAAUUGUUCUUUCUUUGGCUGCAGCUACACGGGAACAAAUUCAUGUUUAACUCUUUGCAGAUUCGAUGCUCUUACGAUUGUCUAAAGAUGCUGAGACUACAUAGUUUGACGGCUCUAAGACAUGUACUGCCAAAAGUUAAACAUCAGCUUUGGUUUAUGCCUGUGUGAAUACAACCUCUCUCAUUUCUUUUGUUUUAUAUUUCUUUUAUUUUUUUCAUUAUUUGGCGUUUCUUCGUUCUUUCUCCCUGUUCAAGAGGAAAACUAGCAAUCUGUGUUUGUUGCAGUGAGAGAACGCCUCGUUUUUAUUCUCUGUCAAGUUUUAUGGUACCGAUUUGUACAAUUUUAAAAGUUCUUAUUUUAGUAUACAUGCAGAAUAUUCCAGUAUUACAACAAAAAACAUGUUAAGAAGAUAAGAUUAAAAAAAUGUUACAGCAUCACACUUAUAUUUUCUGAACAUUGUAAUGUUGCUUUACUAUGUGCUUCAAUCUCCGAAGCGAAAAAAAAGAACAAAAAACUUUGAAAUAAAUGCUCUUUUUAUAAAA